AUGCGUUUCUCUUCCGGUGUGCUCCUGGCUUUGGCCACGAGCGUUAUGGGCCAGCGGUUCACUAACUCCAGUGUCCCUGCCACUGGUACUGCUACUGAAACCACUACCUCUCUCGAGCCAAGCGCUUCGGCUGGUGCCCCCCAGCCUGUCGAUCUUGGCAAUGCCGAGCUUGGCCCCGGUGCCUCGUUCGUCACUCUCCCUGAUGGCAGCAUUGCUGUCGCUCUGCGUGCCGGCCCCAACGGCGUCGCUUCUUUCGCUGUUAGUGGAUCGUUCCCCGAUGGUAUCAGCAUUGGAGACUUGAUCCAGGUCCUCUUUGACCUUCUCGUCAGUCUUAUUGAGAACCAGAAGCGUGCCACCACCGACUGCUCCCUCGCUGUCACUCUCGACGGAGCGUCUGUCUUCGACUCGCAGCUCGAGACCGGCUCCUCAAGCCCUUCCACCCGGGGCACUCCCGCUGGAGCUGACGCUCCUCGUCUCGAGUUUGUCCAGACCUGCGGCGACAACCCCGUUGAGGCCCAGAUCUCCAACGUCAAGGUCGCCGCCGGCUCUGGUGAUGGCGGCAACGGCGGCGGUAACCCUGCUACCGAGACCAACAGCGACGGUGCCACCACCGAUGCUACCGGCGCUACCGUUAUUGCUACUGAGACCGACACCAACUCUGAGGGAGCCACCACCAACUCUGAGGGCGAGACCGUUAUCCCCACCGAGACCAACACCAACUCUGAGGGCGCUACUACCAACUCCGAGGGCGAGACCAUCAUCCCCACUGAGACCAACACCAACAGCGAGGGUGCUACCACCAACUCUGAGGGUGAGACCGUCACUGCUACUGGCACCACCACCGCUGCUACCUCUACUGCUACCUCCGCUGCUGGCUUCCCCGGUACUGUUGGCGACUUCUUCCUCUUCGGCUGUGUCCGAUCCACCGCUGGCUUCCCUACCUUCGACUUCUCUCUCUCUGACGGUGCCAUGGACCUUGAGCUUUGCGCCAGCCAAUGUGAGGGCCGCUCUUACUUCGGUGUUCACGACGAGAACUGCUACUGUGGUGAUGAGAUCAACGACGACAACACCACCCGUGUCAACACUGAUGAGUGUGACAUUGAGUGCCCUGGUGAUGACUCUGAGUUCUGUGGUGGUAACCUUCUUCUCUCUCGCCGUAACCAGAUCAGCCCCCGCCAGGAUGCCAUCCCCAACAACUUCCUCCUCACUGUCUACGUCUCUGUUGGUGGCGCCGAUGUUACCCUGACCGAUAUCAUCACCGCUACUGAGACCGACCAGUCCACCAUCACCACUGUCUUCACCACCACCAUCACCGGCCCCUCCACCACUGAGACCCAGACCAUCACUGCUAUCUACGAGUGCUACAACGGCCAGUGCUACCCCGAGACCGGCAAGAACGGCCACAUUGUCUACAUCUUCAAGCCUUACCCUGGUGAGGAGUGCGAUGGCCAGACUGUCUACAUCUCCGAGCCUUGCUCUUGCAAGGGUGGCUCUCAAUACGUCCCCAAGCACUGCUCCGACAACAGCUGCCACGGCCUCACUGUCUACAAGCCUGAGGAGUGCCACGACUGGUACAACUACGACACCUGCUACACUCCUGCCGAUUGUGACGUUUGCGAGAACGGCGAAAUCGUCUACAAGCCCUUCGAGAACUCUUGGGGAACUCCUGACCACCCCAACGUUGUCGAGAUCCCUACCUGCCACUCUUCCAGCUGCCCCAACCAGCCCGGCUGCUCUGGUCCUGACUGUGUCCCCCACGACAACGGCUGUGCUGGCCCUGACUGUGAAUCUCCCAACAACGGAAACGGAGGCUCUGGCUCCAACGGUGGCUCUGGCUCUAACGGAGGCUCUGGCUCUAACGGUGGCUCUGGCUCUAACGGUGGCUCUGGCUCUAACGGUGGCUCUGGCUCCAACGGUGGUUCUGGCUCCAACGGUGGCUCUGGCUCCAACGGUGGCUCGACCGGAUGCACUGGCACUGACUGCGGUUCCGAGGGAACUGGCUCCAAGGGUGAGACCGGUUCUGAGGGAUCUGGUUCCAAGGGUGAGACUGGAUCUGAGGGAUCUGGCUCCAAGGGUGAGACUGGGUCUGAGGGAUCUGGAUCCAAGGGUUCCGAGGCUGGCUGCUCUGGAUCUGACUGUGGUACUGAGGGCUCCGGCUCCAAGGGUGAGUCCGGUGAUUACCCUACCAUCGUCAGCAGCGCCGGCAAGCAGGCUGUUUCCGCCGUUGCCCUUCUCGCUGCCAUCGCUGCUGCUCUUCUCUAG